AUGGACGAGAACGGCAAGCCACGCCCCAUUCGAGGAUCACCCUUCCGGCCAACCCUGACCAAGAUGGCCCGGAAUCGCGCCAACGAGUACUCAGGGCCGGUGGUGACUGCUUGGCUGGGCUCCACUUUGAAGAGUCUGGACGAGCCCCUUGGACGGAGCGAUCGGACGCGACAAACCGGGUUCUACCAGACGACCAACACGGGGCAUCAAACCAAGCUGAAGGAAGGGGAUGUCAUGAACUUGAUCAAAGUCAUGAACCACAUCAAGGACAUGUACGACCAGGAGGACACACUGAUCCUGAGACAGGAUGAGGUUGUAGAGACCUUGGCCCAGUUGGAGCGCGAAGGUUUGCCCAGCGACAAGCAGCUCAAACAGCUCAAGAAGAUCGGUGCUAACUUGGUGCAGCUGAAACAGGACAUUGUGGCCAAGGAAAAGGAGAUCCAGCCCAUGGUUCAGAAGGAGAGCGAAUUCUACAAGAAGGCCAUUGGGGACUUUGAAAAUGAGCUCAAGACCUACCAGGGUGGUCUGAAGAAAGAGGCCUACUACUUCUACAAGAGUGGCUUGGAGUUGGCUCAGAAGCGGCUCUCCGAUGUCACCACCGAUCUGGACAACUUCGACAAACGCAUGGACGACCUGCUGCACAUUGCCACCAACUUUAACUACCCCGAGGAGUUGAACAACUCCAAGAAGAUCAUGCAGGCCAUGCGCGAAGAUGUGGCCAACUGCAAGGGUCUUUGGGAGUUUGAAGUGCAGCGCAUCAAGAUCACAGAAGGUUUCCUGGUGGUCCGUUGGGGCCAAGUGGUCGCUGGAGACAUGGAGGAUGAGAUCAAGGCGCUCUUCAAAAAGCUCAAAGAGGUGAAGGUGGACCGCAAGUGCGAUGCUUUCGUUGGAGUUCAGGAGGGUCCGACGAGCGGAUUCACGCGAGCGCUGAUUGCGCUGUUGGGUGACGUCGUCAAGAAGUGGACGGUCUUCUGCCCGUUGGUCGGCGAGCUGCGCGAUCCGGCCAUGCGCCAGCGCCACUGGGCGCAGCUGAUGGAUCAGUGCGGCAAGUCGAUCACGGUAACCCCAGACAUUCUGCUGCGGGAUAUGUGGAACUUGGAGCUGCACAAGAACCCCGACUUCGUGGAGGAUACCGCCGACCAGGCCAAGCAAGAAAUGAAGAUGGAGAACACUCUGAAAAAGUUGCAGAAGGAGUGGGCGGAAGUGGACUUCGGCUUCGAUUCCCACCGCGGAACAGAGGUCAUGUUGAUGAAGAUGGCCGAUGACAAGUUCGAGAUGCUUGAGGAGCACCAGGUCGCCGUUCAGAACAUGUUCUCCUCUCGCUUCUUAGCCACCUUCGAAGAGCAGGUCACCUCAUGGCAGAAGACCCUCGCGAACAUCUCAGAGGUCUCGACCCUGUUGUCAGAGGUGCAGCGCUCCUGGGUCUUCUUGGAGAAUCUCUUCAUUUUCAGUGAUGAGGUGAAGAAAGAGCUGCCUGAGGACGGCACAGAGAGCGACAAGUUCGUGGGCAUUGACAUGGACGUGAAGGAAAUCCUGAUGAACGGAUACCAGAUCAAGUCUGCCAAGGAGUUCUGCAACCAAGGGAACAUCUUUCAGAAGUUGGAGAAGGUCCAGGGGGCACUAGAGAUGUGUCAGAAGGCUUUGAACGACUUCAUGGACAGCAAGAAGCGGGCUUUCCCUCGUUUCUAUUUCAUGUCCUCCAAUGACUUGCUUGACGUGCUGAGUAAUGGUAACCAGCCAGCGAAGGCCCGGCUUCUGCGGGUGUCCGCGCGCAACAGUCUCAUUUGGGAUGGAUCUACUCCUGUGCCCGUGGCCCCUGCCAAGUCGCUCUCGUGGUUGCUCCCCUGCAGUGACAAGAUGGCCUUGAGGAUUGCCAAGCUGCAAGAGAAGCUCCGAAGCUCCGGCUGGAAAAUCGUGACGAGUCCAGUCCAUAUCAUCCAAAGCCUGGGGAACAAGGCGCAAUUCCCAGUCUAUGCAGCGAAGAUUGGCAUGCUGAGCUUUCUUCCUUGCCACUUCUCAUCACCUGAGAUGGCCGCUUAUCCCUGCGUCCUGAAGCCAGCGAAAGGCGAAUAUGGGAAAAACACGUACAUUUGCCACAGCAAAGAGGAAGUGUACCAAGUCUCGCCAGAGUUCUCGACCGCCAAGUGGGUUCUGCAAGAGCUAGACAAAUCCAUUUACAUUUGGCCGAAGGUCACCGAGUUACAUCGACACCUUUGCGAUGUGCCGGUGCAGCACACGGCUGUGAUGGCUCGCUUCUUGGCGGAGUAUGAUGGAAUCGUGAAUUUCAAUUACAAGUUUCCCAAGUUCUUCAUCGCCAUCGACAAUUAUACCUUGGAGUUUCCAGAUGGUGACGGCUGGGUGACGGCCGAUCGAUUGAAGAGUUGGCUAGAAUACGUCCCCUUCCCCGAGCCUUUGCCGCUCUUGGGCAAGGUGGAAUCCUAUCUGGACAAAUGCAUCGAGUGGUUCCAGAAGGCCCUGAAGUUCUUCGCCAAGCAGGACAAGGAGAAGUACUUCACCGAGGGCUGCAUGGACGAUGGCUUCAAGCGAGGCGAAUUCAUUGCCAGCAGCCAAGCAGCGCAAUGUGCAUUGCUGGUGCAGCUCAUCACGUGGGUGAUGCUGGUGGAGAACGAUGCCGCUCCGCCUCUCGAGGAUGGAAAGGAGGACGCUGUCCACGAUGCCUGGCAAGAGAGCCAUCGGCUGCUGCUCAAGCUCAUUGAGCCUGAGAGAUGUUUGAGCGCUUUUCCUUUGCCCAAAGCCGCAAAACAGCCGGAGAUGUUUUGUGGGGGACGGAUGGAGGAGAAGACCAUGACCAACCUCGACAAGCCGACGAGGCAGAAGAUCAUGUGCGCCAUCACGCUGGACGCCCACAAUCGAGAUGUGCAAGAGCGUCUGGUGCAAGAAAAGGUGAGUAGCAAGGAUGCCUUCCAGUGGCAGAGCAUGUUGAAGUGCUACUGGAAAGAGGACGAUGUUGAUGAUGCAUCCAUGGAAAUUGCUGAUGCGAAGUUGCUCUACGGCUACGAGUAUUUGGGCAACGGGCCGCGUUUGGUGGUCACCCCACUGACCGAUCGAAUCUAUGUGACCGCCACGCAGGAGAGGGCAUUGCACUUGUGCAUGGGCUGCGCACCGGCCGGCCCUGCGGGCACUGGAAAGACUGAGAGUACCAAGGAUUUGGCGAACGCCGUGGCCAAGGCGUGCUACGUCAUCAACGCAGCACCAGAGAUGGACUACUUGACCCUGGGCGAUAUCUACAAAGGGCUCUCGGCGAGUGGCUCCUGGGGUUGCUUCGAUGAGUUCAACCGAUUGGUGCCCGAAGUGCUCUCCGUGUGUACCGUCCAGUUCAAGGCGGUGUGUGAUGCCAUCAGGGCCAAGCAGCAGCGCUUCAUGUUGCAGGGUGAUGAGAUCAACCUGAAUCCCCAGGUGGGGUGCUUCAUCACCAUGAACCCCGGUUACUUGGGCCGAUCAGAGCUGCCAGAAGGUCUCAAGGCCCUCUUCCGACCGAUCACUGUGAUGGUGCCCGAUUUCAAGCUCAUCAUGGAGAACAUGUUCAUGGGCGAAGGUUUCACCGAAGCGAAAGCCUUGGGUUUGAAGUUCUCAACGCUCUACGCGUUGAACAAAGACUUGCUGAGCGUCUUGGCCAUGAAUGAGCCGAUGUGGGUCUCGGACUGGGGUAUGCGAGCCAUCAAAUCCGUGUUGGUGGUGGCCGGAGGCUUUAAGCGUGCUGACCCGAGCUUGUCAGAGCAGGCAGUGCUCAUGCGCUCCCUGCGAGACACCAAUGUGGCGAAGAUCGAAGGCGAUGACUUGCGAAUCUUCAUGGCGCUGCUCAAGGAUCUCUUCCCAGGCAUUGAUGUCCCUCGUGCACGAGAUUAUGAGAUGGAGGAAGUUUUGGUGGAUGUAAUGCAGGCGGAUUAUGGCUACACCCACGAUCCUGAUGGCUAUUUGUUGCUGAAGAUCACCCAGCUCAUCGAGUUGCUGGGUAUUCGCCACUGUGUCUUCUUGAUGGGCAAUCCUGGAAGCUUCAAGUCCGCGAUGUGGAAGGUCUUGAAGAACGCCAAGACCCGUCGUGGUGAGAAGACCACCACUGUGGACUUCAGUCCGAAGGCCAUCUCCACCAACGAGCUGUAUGGCUUCGUCAACAUGCAGACACGCGAGUGGAAGGAUGGCAUCAUCUCCAAGGUGAUGCGUGACUUGGGCCAGGUCCCUGACACACAUCCCAAGUGGAUCAUGUUGGAUGGUGACUUGGAUGCCAACUGGAUCGAAUCCAUGAACAGCGUCAUGGACGACAACCGUUUGCUGACUUUGCCAUCCAACGAGCGAAUUCCACUCAAGGUGCACAUGAAGAUGAUCUUCGAGAUCCGGGACCUCAACUAUGCCACCCCGGCGACCGCCACACGCGCGGGCAUCGUGUGUCCGGCCUCCCAGCGUUUCGGAGGUAUGGACGAUACCUUCGGUGUGCAGUGGCGAUCGUAUGUGAAGAGUUGGGUGCAGAAGCAGGAGCAUCCGGACAACAUCAAGGAUCAGCUCUGGAACUUCUUUGAGAAGUGUGGCGCUAGCACCACACAUUGGAUGCUGAAGAACGUGAAAAUCCUGGUGCCCAUGGUGGACAUUUGCCUCAUCAGCGCCUGCUGUAGCUUGUUGGACAACCUUCUGACUCCCGCGACCUAUGACUCCUUGGAGCGCCUCGGUAGCGCCACGGUGGCUCGCGCAGACCAAGACGAGUAUUGGUUCAUGUUCUGCUUUACUGCAGCCUGUGGUCUUUGCUUGGCUGAAGUCGAUGGCGUUGACUAUCGAAAGAACUUCAGAGUCUCACCUGAAGUCAGACGGGGCAAUUGGUGGAAGGGUGAGAUGAAGACUGUGAAGUAUCCUUCGAAGGGCGGCAUCUUCGACUACUAUGUGAAAGAUGCCAAGUUUGAGGAAUGGUCCACGGCAGUGGAGACCUUGGAAUACUCCAGCGAGACGCCCAUGGGCGAGAUCACCGUGCCCACGAAUGAGACGGUGGCCAUGACCUUCCUCAUGAGGGCGCUCAUCGAGCAGCAUCAUCCAGUGAUGCUCAUUGGACUGGCCGGAUGUGGCAAGACGCAGAGUUGUCUCGGUUUGCUGAAAUCCUUGCCGCCAGAUGUCUUCACCUUCUAUGCCAUGAACAUGAGCUACUACACGGACUCGACUCUUCUUCAGACGAUGAUGGAGAAUCCACUGGAGAAGAAGGCGGGAAAGCUUUAUGCUCCGCCUGGAAAGCUGCAGCUGAUCUAUUUUGUUGAUGACUUGAACAUGCCUGCCCUGGACAAGUACAAUACACAAUCUGCGAUUGAGCUCAUGAAGCAGAAGCAAGACUAUGGUCAUUGGUAUGACCGGCAGAAGAUUUUGAUCAAGGACAUCGGCAACACUCAGUACCUCUGCUGUAUGAAUCCCACUGCGGGGUCUUUCAUCGUGAACCAACGCUUGCAGCGUCACUUCUGGACUUGCGCGGUUCCGUUCCCCGAGCAGCGCCGCGGCUUCCGAGGCGGUGAGACGGAGUGGGGCUCGGCGCGGUCGGCGCUGCUGACGAUCUAUUCGACCUUCAUGAAGGGUCACUUCGAGCGCUUGCCCUUCAAGGGACCUGUCCAGGAGCAAGUCUCAGGUAUCAUCAAGGCAGCCCUAAGUCUUCACUCCAUGGUGGUCAGCAGCUUCCGAAAGACGGCCAGCAACUUCCAUUACGAGUUCAACAUCCGCCACAUGAGUGGCGUCUUCAGCGGCUUGCUGCAAGCGAAGCCUGGGGAGUUCGCGGACGCCGAGAAGGUGGUUCUGCUGUGGAUCCACGAGAGUGAAAGAAUCUAUGGCGAUCGAUUGGUGAGCCCGACAGACCUGAAAAAGUACCGUGCUUUGGCGGCGGACUUGAGCAAGAAGAUGUUUGGAGCCUUGGGUGUUGGAAAGUUCAACUUUGCCAAGUACUUCCAGGAGAAGAAUCCGGAACCAUUGGUCUUUGCCCCAUUCUCCAAGGGCAUCCAAGAAAUGGAUGGUGGAGGCUUUUACGACAAGAUCCCCAGCACCGAGCGCCUUUCAGCCCUUCUGGGCGAAGCCUUGCGCGAGUACAACGAGAACAACGCUGCAAUGGACUUGGUGCUCUUCAAUGACGCCAUGUGCCAUGUGGGAAAGAUUUGCCGCAUCAUCACCAGUACACCGGGACAUCCUUUGCUGGUGGGUGUGGGUGGCAGCGGCCGACAGAGCUUGUCGCGGCUCUCCUCAUAUACCUGCCUCUACUCCACGACGAUGAUCGUCAUCAGUGGCAAUUACGGCAUGAAUGACCUGAAGGGUGACUUGCAGGCCAUGUACAUGAGGGCUGGCGUGAAGGAUGAAGGCGUCUUGUUCCUCUUCACAGAUGGACAGAUCACCAACGAGAAGUUCUUGGUCUUCAUCAACGAUCUCUUGGCCUCAGGUGAUAUUGCCGACCUCUACGCCUCCGAUGAGAAGGACGCGAUCCGCAAUGGCGUGCGCAGCGGAUGCAAGGGUGCCGGCAUUCAGGAUACCCCUGAGAAUCUUUGGAGCUUCUUCAUUUCUCGCAUUCGCAAGAACCUCCACAUGUCCCUUUGCUUCUCCCCGGUGGGUGACGCCAUGCGGAACCGUGCGAGGAAGUUCCCAGCGCUGGUGAAUUGUACCGUCAUCGAUUGGUUCCAGCCGUGGCCCAUGGAUGCUUUGUACAACGUGGGCGCCAAGUUCUUGGAACCCAUCGAGCAGUUGGGACCCCAGGACAGUCCCGUGCGAAAUGGCAUCAUGGACUUCUUGCCCUUCAGCUUCGAAGCUGCAGGACAAGUGGCACAGAAUUUCAUGACGGUGCAGAGGCGCUUUGCCUACACGACACCAAAGAGUUUCCUAGAGCUCAUCAAGCUGUACACCAGCAUGGUGGGCCAGAAGGUCGAUGCACUGGAGGACCAGAAGGAUCGCCUCACCAGCGGACUGGAGAAGCUUCGUGCGACCUCCGAGCAGGUGGCCGGUCUGGAAGAAGAGCUGAAGGAGAAGGCCGUGGUGGUCGCCGAGAAGGCCGCCGCGGCGGAUGUCUUCGCCACAGAGGUCGGCGAAAAGAAGGCCACGGUGCAGGAGGAAAGCGCCAAGGCGGCCGUUGAAGCCGAAAAGUGCGCGAAGAUUGCCAAGGAUGUCUCCAUUCAGCAGGCAGAUUGUGAGAAGGAUUUGGCCGCAGCCAUCCCUCUGGUGGAGCAAGCCGAGAAAGCCCUGGAUGUGCUGGACAAGAAGGACUUCCAAGAGUUGAAGGCCUUGGCGAAGCCACCAGGUGGAGUGGACUUGGUCUUGGAGGCUGCCAUGCACCUGCAGGCAGGCUAUGAUGAGAACAUCGAGCUGGACAAGAAGGGGGGCGUCAAGGAUGGCAGCUGGAAGGGCGCUCAGAAGAUGAUGAACAACCCUGAGAAGUUCCUGCAGAACUUGAAGGGUUUCAAGAGCUUCAUUGACGACGGAAAGGUGCCCCAGGCGAACGUGGAGAAAGCCCGAAAGAUCCAGACUGCCAUGGGUGACGACUUUAGCCAAGCAGGCAUGUCCAAGAAGUCCUCCGCGGCCGCCGGUCUUUGUGUGUGGAUCAUCAACAUCAUCAUGUACUACGACGUGGUGGUGCAGGUGGAACCCAAGCGAAAUGCCUUGCGCGAAGCCACAGAGACCCUGAACGCGGCCAACACCAAGCUAGCCGAAGUGAAGGAAUUGGUCCAGACGCUCGAGACGAACUUGGCCGCCUUGAUGAAGGAGUUUGACAAGGCCAUGGCAGAGAAGAAUGCCUUGAUGGCAGAUGCGGAGAAAUGCCAGAACAAGCUGAACAUGGCCCAGCGCUUGGUGGGUGCGUUGGCUGCCAAUGGCGUGAUUUGGGAGCAGACCGUGGAGAAUGCCGGCCAGGAACUGGUCUACAUCCCUGGAGAUACCCUCGUGGCGUGUUCCUUCGCAUCCUAUGUGGGCGUCUUCACGCGACAGUAUCGUGAGGAGACGGUGGACGCCUUUGUUCAAUAUCUCACCAAGAAGGGCGCUCAAGUUGCUGGAUGUCCCAGUUCCAUUGCUGCAGGACCCAAGCCCGACCCAUUGGCGGUGUUGGCCACCGAUGCGGAGAUGGCCUCAUGGGCAGGUCAGGGCUUGCCCUCGGACCGUGUGAGCUGUGAAAACGGCGCCAUUUUGUGCAACUCACAACGCUGGGGCUUGAUCAUCGACCCUCAGCUACAGGGCAUUGCUGCUUGGUCAGCAGAGCCCCAGUUCGUGCACCCAAACGCGAUGGACAAACGCGGUCAGACGUUGGGGCUCUGUCAUGGGGCCCCCAUUGGGCUGGUGGAAUUGCGGCCCUAUGCGUCGAACCG